CAGAAGCUGAUCACAUGAUCUCUAAUCUGCAUACAAGUAUCACUUUGACACAAACUCACGCGACACAAGUACAUUGUGGGUCGUGUCCACGUGUGAGUGUGGUGACAGAGCGUAUGUGUGUGUGUGCAUGGGCGGAUGCCGGUCCGAAUGGUCGUGAUGAAGUUUUCUGCAGCUGCCGCCGUUCUGCUUCUACUCAUUGGCUCGUUCCAAGUCUUCGGUCUGCUGCAGACCUCGGAUCGUGGCUGGGAUCGCUCCUUCAGGAUGCGGACUGUGAUGCAGGACUCGUCCGUCCCCCCAGAACUGCCGGUGAUCUGGACCGAGCUGGUGGGGUUGAGACAGCUGGUGCUCAGCCUACAGGCAGCUGUGGUGGACCAGCGCCAGUUCAUGAGGAACUCUGAGAGCCGCCUGAGGGACGGACAGGAAGAGGCGGAGAAGCAGAGAUUACAGCUAGAUGCCAUAAAGGUUCAGAUGGACAUGGACAGAAAAUUGGUCUUCAGCCUACAGGCAGGAGCGGUGGAUCAACGCCAAUCUCUCCGAACCACUGAAAGCCAACUAAAGGAUGGACAGGAAGUGGCAGGGAAGCAGAGACAGCAGUUGGAAGCCAUACAGGCUCAGAUGGACGCCGAUAGGAAGCUGGUCCUCAACCUACAGGCCGCGUCAGUGGAUCAGCACCAGGUUCUCCGGAUCAUCGAGAACCGCCUGACCAAUGGCGAGGAAGCGGCAGAGAAAAAUAGACAGGUUCUGGACUUAAUACAGGUCCAGAUGGAAGCGGACAAGAAGAUGGUGAGCAACAUCAGUGCUGAUCUCAGGAAAAGGGAGGAGCUCAGGCAAGAGGAGGCGUUAAAGCUGCAUUUCAGACUAAACACCAGUGAAAAUUCUCUAGAGGACUUCAAGAGGAAGACAUCAGCUCUGGCCAGUGACCUUCCCUUCCUGAGGAUGAGGCUGAGAGCUAGUGAAAGCAUCCUGGACCAGCUUAGAAGGAAGAGCUCAGGUGAUCUCCAGCAUUUCAAAGUUCUGGCAUCUCGACUUUGCUUGGUGGAGGAUCUGCAGAAGAGGAGCUCAGUGGAGGGUUCGGAGUUCCAAGGAAAUCAGAACUCUAGUGGAAGUGACAUGGAAAAAAAUGGCCAUCAGCAAGAGUCCCGUCUGGAAACCGAUUUAUCACAUCUACGCCAAAACAUGAGUACGCUCCAUGCUCGACUACUACAUCUUGAGAGCAAAGUGACGACAGGAGACCGACACCUACAAGACAUCAGAGCUGCUGUGGUGAACACACAGAACGACACACAGAUACAAAGUGAAGGGUUGAAGAUGCGUCUGAGUGUGGUGGAGAACCUUGUGGAAGAUUUGCAGACUGACAAGUCAGUCAAAUCAACUCAACUUUCUCGUAUGGAAGAACAACUAGUUCAAGGACACAACAAUACUGCAGCUCUAGAGGGCAGUGUGGCGACAACUGCAGCUCAGUUGGAGGAGCUGAAUGCUCUCAGCUCAGCUCAGGCAACACAACUUGACAACAUGGAGGCAAGACUGAUGCAAAAAGCUGCAGUGUUAGAAGUCCGGCUUAAUGUCAGUGAGAAACUAUUGGAAGAACUCAAGAUUGAAUCCAGAGGUCAGAUGACAAAACUUCACAAUAUGGAGUUACAAUUGACUCACAACACUGCGGCUUUGGAUGUCCGACUGAAUGUCAGCGAGGAACUUCUGGAAGAACUCAAGACUGAAUGCACAGGCCAGUUGUUGGCGGUGACAGAGAGCCUGAAACUCGCAGAUCAAGUGAAGGAUCUCUGGUCAAAAAACACAGCGUUGGAAGUCAAACUGAACACCACUGCGAAUUUUCUGGAGGAAUUUAAGACUGAAUCCACAGCAUUGACAGAGCGACUGGCCGUCAGUGAGAAACUUCUAGAAGAACUCAAGACUUAUUUCUCAGCUCAGACAAGACAACUUUCCAGCAUAGAGUUGCGACUGAUGCACAACAUUCACAACAAUGAAGUGAUGCAGGGAAAGUUCAACAUAAGUGAACAAAUGAUGGACGACUUGAAGGCGACAACUGAAGAGUUCACAUUCCGGUUGCGAGUUUUGGAGCAACGUAGCGCGCAGGCAUCAGGCGAGACCAAGGUCGCCUUUGCCGCUGCGCUGACCAAUUCGGGAUCGGUAGGACCCUUCGACCAGGAAACCACAUUGAUAUUCUCCAAGGUUUUCACCAAUGUGGGUCGGGCUUACGACGAGACCUCGGGCGUGUUCACGGCACCCGUGGGCGGAGUUUACGUGUUUAGUUUCACAGCGGCCGACUUCCUGAAAGGCUAUAUGGGGGUUACCUUGUACCGCAACCAGGAACCAAUCAUCUCCAGCCUGGAUCUCAAUGACCACGGCGGCUAUGCAUCCGCCACUAACGGUGCUUUGAUCCGGCUAGCGGCAGGGGAUCGCGUACGCCUGAGUCUGCCUGCCAGCUACAGACUGUACGAUGACACGCGCAGUUUUAGCGUCUUCAGCGGAUUCCUGCUUUUCCCGCUCGAGGCCGACCAAUGAACCGUCUUCUUCCUAGAUGCGCUCACAAGUUGCAAACAUUUAUUUAAGAACGUUUUAAAUAUCCAAAGAAGUCAUGUGACAUGUUGUGAGGUCAGUUGUCAAUAAUAUUUUGUGUUUCCACAGUUAAAGAGAACAUGGAGUUAUUGUUAACAGUCAAUAAAGUUUUGU